UUAUUCGUGUAGCAUCAAAUGACGUCAACCGUUUUUUUUCUACUGCCUGAUGCUGAUUGGUCUAUGAUAUUAAAUGACAGCGCGUGUAUCCUAUUAGUCAUUGGUUAUAUAUUAAACUUGUAUGUAAAUGUAAAUCGUCAUUAUCUGUAGUCUGUCUGUUGACAAUUGUUUAAGAGCAUGCAUUUCAAACCAAAGCUUGGUUAAAAUUGAGUGUGUAAUAAUUGCAUAGUCAUCUGUAAAAGCCUACCACACACUCCGGGUAAACAGUGAUUUAGUCUGUAUUAUAGGUGAUACAAAAAUAAACCAAUGUUAAUACCCGUAACAAUGGGAACGACGUUAUUGCGAUGUACAGUGUUCGACAAUUUCUCAAUUUCUUUCUGUCUUGAACGUGCUGAACAAUUUGAAAAAAAUUGUUUUGAACCAAGUCAAUAUUUGUCAGAGGUCCCGUGACUAAGGACUUCCUCUUCCCCUUGUCAUGCGCAAGCGCAGUAGGGAAAAGAAUGCGGACCUACAAGCUGACACAAAUUUAAAUAGUUUGAUAGCUCGCAUGUCAGGAAAAUGUCGAAAACACCCCUGCAGUCCAAUUCUUCUGUUGGUUCUGCAACCAGCGUUGGAGUUUCGUCCUCCUCUUCCUCCUCCCCAGCAGGUGGCUCGACGUCUCCCGCGAACGUGUUGCACGUACAGCCUGAGAAACCACAACAUUACACAUACCUGAAAGAGUUCAGGACUGAACAGUGUCCUCUCUUCGUGCAGCACAAAUGCACUCAGCAUCGCCCAUUUGCCUGUUUCCAUUGGCACUUCCUCAACCAGCGCCGACGACGACCCAUCCGUCGCCGCGACGGCACCUUCAAUUACAGUCCCGAUGUGUACUGCACCAAAUACGACGAGGGUACGGGCAACUGCCCCGACGGAGACGAGUGUCCGUUUCUGCACCGGACGGCGGGGGACACGGAGCGACGGUACCACCUGCGCUACUAUAAGACGGGCUCCUGCAUCCACGAGACGGACGCCAAGGGCCACUGCAGUAAAAACGGUCCCCACUGUGCCUUCGCUCACGGAUCACAUGACCUGCGUAGCCCCGUCUAUGACAUCCGGGAGAUGCAGGUGCUGGAGGCCCAGGCGGGUGCUGGCUGCGGGGAGGGCGGAGUCGGGGAGGCCCAAUCAGGGCUGGCGGCCAGCACCGCCCUCAUCGAGAGGAUCCUCAGCGAGGAGCCGCGCUGGCAAGACAACAGCUAUGUCUUAUCCCACUAUAAAACGGAACUGUGCAAGAAGCCGCCGCGGCUCUGUCGCCAAGGAUACGCCUGCCCCUACUACCACAACAGCAAAGACCGCCGGCGCAGCCCACACAAACACAAAUACAGAGCUUUGCCCUGUCCAGCGGUUAAACAUAGCGAUGAGUGGGGAGACCCAAGCAAGUGUGAGAGCGCGGAGGCCUGCCAAUACUGUCACACACGCACCGAGCAGCAGUUUCACCCAGAGAUCUAUAAGUCCACCAAGUGUAAUGAUAUGCAGCAAUGUGGCAGCUGCCCUAGAGGACCGUUCUGUGCCUUUGCCCAUGUGGAGAAGCCCCCCAUCAGUGAUAGCUCCCCCCUGCCCACGCCCUCCUCCCCCCUGCCCCACGUUGGGGCCAGCGUGCUCCCCGGAGACGACCCAGGCAGCGGGGUGGCAGAGCAGGGGCUGCUGGGUAGGGUCCUGUGUGAGGAGGUGCUGCCUCUGGACGGGCCCGUCUCCCCCUGGGCAGGUGAGGGCGGCUACGGCAGGGCACCCGGCUUCGAGCGCGAGGAUCAGGCCAAGCAGAAGGGCUUCUCCUUGGAGCGGCUCAAAGACCUGGGCCGCCAGCACAGCAAACAGGACCUGCAGGUGUUCCUGCCGGUGGGGAGCCCUCUGAGCUUCUCAUCCAGCGUGCCCUCCAGCCUGGCGGCCACCCCCCCCAGCCCUGCGCCACUCGGCCCGUCCCCGGGCAUGAACGCCAACGCUCUGCCUUUCUACCCGCCCAGCGAGACGGUGGAGUCCGUCGUGGAGUCUGCAUUGGAUGAUCUGGACCUGAAUGACUUUGGUGUGUCGGCGCUGGAGAAAAGUCUAGAAAGCAGCUCUGCCCUACCCAGCAUGGGACUUAUGAUGGGUGGGAGUCAGCUGCAGUGCUCUGCCCCCGUCAACAUCCCAGGAUCCUUCAGCGGCUCCACGCCCUUCAUCUCCCCCUCGCCCUCCCCACCAGUCAGAGCUCACCAUUCCCCCUUCCUGUCCCACCUCCCCCAGCCUGGCCAAUCGGAGAGCAGUUUCCUGGGCCCUUCCCACAGUUCACUGGGCCUGAAUGGCAUGAGCAGCAGCAUCUGGGAACACUUCCCUCCGAGUCAGGGCUCGCCGGGGACCCCCCCAACGCUGCUGCCAGGGGGGGCCAUGUACCCCGAGGCCGCCCGCCUCAAACAGGAAGUAGAGGAGGCCAACCGCGUGCUCAAGCAGUGGGAUCAGAGCUGGAGACAGAUGGCACAGGCCCACCAAGAACGCAAGCAGCAGGACCAGAGCUGGAGGCAUAUAGCCCAGUCGUGGGCAGUGAUGAAGGCGGACGCAGAGGAGGCGCGUGCGCUGGCGAGCCGUCUGGCGUCGGAGGCGGAGCGAGCGCGGCAGGAGCAGGAGGAGGCGCAGCGGCAGGCCUCCGCCCUCCAGGAGGCACUAGAGAGCAUGCGCACAGCAGACAACCCCCACAUGCAGAUGCACCAGAUGCAGCUGCCCCAGCGGCUCCCCCUAGAGGCCAUCUGCAGCCUGCAGGCACAAGUCUGCUCCUGUUUGCACAGUGAGGCGGUGUACAGGAAGCAGCGCGUGUUGUGCGUGUCGUGUGGCGAGGCGGGCACCGUGUCUCUGCCCUGCCAGCACGGGCUGCAGUGCGACGCUUGCGCCAGCUCCCGCGAGUGCCCUCUGUGUGCCGAGCAGCAGCAGCAGCACCAGCAGCAGCAGCAGCAGCAGCACAGCCAAGGCCUGCCCCCCUGAACACACACA